AUGUUCGUCUGGUUGGCGGCGCAUAGGCCCCCUUCUUUGCAGGUCGUGCGAUUCCUAAGUCGGAAGGUGGUAGAGGACUUGCGCGGGCGAUUUACGCGGGCAUUGGCGCGCGGGCUGGAGAUGCUCCCCGGUGUGCGGGUAGAGGAUCGCGAAGGAAACGAUAUGCGAGCCUAUGGCUGGCUACGUGGGACGACGUCCGAGAUCGUCCUCUCCUCGCGCUCGAUUAACGAUGACCAGAGCCGGUGCCCACGCCAUCGUGAAGCUGCGAUGGCUGUUCAAGGCUUUGAGCGGCAGCUGAGAGGGGUGAAAACAUCAACAAGCUAG